AAAUGUUCUUCCAAAUUAAAUUUAUUUUAUUCUUUUUAUUUGCCUCAUCAUUUUUAUUCAACUCAGCAGGAGGCGGUUUGGCCUGUUAUGCGGCUUGUCAAGCUGCCGCGGCCGCUGCUUGUGCCGCUUGUGCAGUUGUUUUGGCUGGCCCUGUAGCCUAUCCAGCUUGUCAGGCAGCGGCUGCUGCUGCUUGUGGUGCAACUGGUCCUGUUUUUCCGGUGUGUUAUGCCGCCGCUCAAGUGGCAUGUGCUUGUAUUUUGUUGUGAAAAAGACAAUAUUUUUUGGUGAAGGAAGGAAUUUAUUUUAAAAAAAAUAUAUUAAAGAUCUUCUGAUUUAUACUUAAAAAUUUUCUGUACAUUUACCUAUUUAUUUAUUUUUUGCCUAUAAAAAAUCUUUUUUUAAUUUAUUUUAAUUUUUAAACCCUUCAAUUUAUUUUACAAUAUUAUGUGUUAAUUAUAAAUACAAUUCUAUCGCCUUUCACAAAAAAAUACAAAAAAAGAAAAUUAAAUGCAAAAUUUGGUGGAGAAAGAGCACUUGGACGAAAAUAUUUUUUGUUUUCCAAAAAUAUUCAAAAUCUUUUUAAAAGCAAAAAUAUU